UACCACACCCAGGCCUGGGAAGAGAGUCACCUCCCAGCCAGGCAGCUUUCACUUAUAAACCGUGUACAUCUGAGAAGGGUUCCUGUGCUGGGCCUGGUCUCUGUGAAGGUGACAUCUGUCUAAUCAUCUGUGUUGUACCAUUAGGAGGAAAUCAUGGCUGCAGUUGGAACUAAAGGAACCAUCAGACCCUACCCAAACUUCAAUGCCGCGGAUGAUGUCCAGAAACUAAGGAAAGCCAUGAAAGGGAUGGGCACUGAUGAAGAUGCCGUCAUUGACGUGAUUGCAAACAGAACAAUUGCUCAGCGCCAGGAAAUCAAAACUGCUUACAAGACCACUGUAGGAAAGGAUUUAGAGGAUGAUUUAAAAUCGGAGCUCACCGGACACUUUGAAAAAGUGAUCCUGGGCCUGCUGAACCCAAUAACACUGUAUGAUGUGCUGGAAUUGAAGAAAGCAAUGAAGGGAGCAGGGACAGAUGAAGGUUGUCUCAUUGAAAUCCUGGCUUCACGCUCAACAGAAGAGAUCCGAAACAUCAACAUCACUUAUAGACUGAAAUACGGCAAGUCCCUGGAGGACGACAUUUGUUCUGACACAUCUUUCAUGUUCCAGAGAGUGCUGGUAUCUCUAGCUGCUGGCGGCCGAGACCAAAGUGACAAGGUUGAUGAUUCACUUGCUAAGCAGGACGCAAAGGACCUGUAUGAAGCUGGUGAGAAGAAAUGGGGGACAGAUGAAGUCAAGUUUCUGACCAUUCUUUGUACUAGGAAUAAGAAACAUUUACGUAAAGUGUUUGAUGAAUAUAAGAAGAUUGCAAAGAAGGACAUUGAGGCCAGUAUCAAGUCUGAGAUGUCUGGACACUUUGAAGAUGCUCUCCUGGCUAUUGUAAAAUGCAUCAGAAGCAAACCCGCUUACUUUGCUGAGAGAUUAUAUAAAUCCAUGAAGGGUCUGGGAACUGAUGACAACACACUGAUCAGAGUGAUGGUCUCCCGCUGCGAAAUCGACAUGUUGGAAAUCCGCUCAGAGUUUAAGAAGUUGUAUGGAAAGUCCCUGUUCUCUUUUAUCAAGGGGGACUGUUCUGGAGAUUACAGGAAGGUUCUCCUGAAACUGUGUGGAGGAGAAGAUUGAAUAAAUCUGUUCCCAAAAAAUCAUCUUUCAAGACUACGAGAUCUCAUCAGAUCAUCUCAUGUGCUUACCAAUCGUGUAUUGCUAGCAGUAAAAAUAAUGUUUCUUUUUUAUGAUUGUAUCACCUCUGUCAUUUAAUUGCAUAUAAAUUUUUACAUCCACUA